CUGAGUUGAUGACUCCUCAAGGGAUUACUGGUAGAGCUGAAGAAUAUGAAUAGUUUCUCAAGGAAAGUACAUUGCUUUUGGCACAAGAAGCAGAAUAAAGGUGAAUUGUUACUAUGUGGAAUUUUUCAGUAAAAGUCACUGAAAAUUACUUUCUAUGCAGUAACUAUAGGCUUUGAACUACAGGACCUCAGACUAGUCGUCUCCUGCCUGCAGAAUCUGUCGGGUGAACAUAUAUUUUUGCUUUUUAUUUGGUUAAAAGCAAUUUAUUUUUAAAGAAAAUAUGUCUCCUCUGAAGAUAUAUGGUCCUAUCAGAAUUCGAAGUAUGCAAACUGGGAUUACAAAGUGGAAAGAAGGAUCCUUUGAAAUUGUGGAAAAAGACAGUAAAGUCAGCCUAGUAGUUCACUACAACACUGGAGGAAUUCCAAGGAUAUUUCAGCUCAGUCAUAACAUUAAAAAUGUGGUGCUCCGACCCAGUGGAACAAAACAAAGUCGCCUAAUGUUGACUUUACAAGAUAACAGCUUCUUGUCUAUUGACAAAGUACCAAGUAAGGAAGCAGAGGAAAUGAGGUUGUUUCUAGAUGCAGUCCAUCAAAACAGACUUCAUGCAGCUAUGAAGCCUUCUCAAGGGUCUGGUAGUUUUGGAACUAUUCUGGGCAGCAGGGCCUCUCAGAAGGAAACUAACAAACAGCUUUCUUACUCGGACAAUCAGGCCUCUUCAAAACGAGGAAGUUUAGAAACUAAAGAUGACAUUCCAUUUCGAAAAGUUCUUGGCAACCCCAGUAGAGGAUCAGUUAAGACAGUAGCCGGUAGUGGAAUCGCUGUUAGCAGGACAAUUCCUUCUUUGACACUGACAUCAACGCCUCUUCGAUCAGGAUUAUUAGAAAACCGCACUGAAAAGAGGAAAAGAAUGUUAUCUGGCCCAGAGCUGACUGAAGAUUAUCCUAAGGAAAAUGAUUCAUCAUCGAACAACAAAGCUAUGACAGACCCUUCAAGAAAAUAUUUAACCAGCAGUAGAGAAAAGCAGCUGAGUUUGAAACAGGCAGAAGAAAAUCGAACAUCAGGACUUUUGCCUUUGCAGUCAUCCUCAUUUUAUGGGAGCAGAGCUGGAUCUAAGGACUACUCUUCUGGUGGCUCUAACCUAGACAGGAGUAAUGUUUCAAGCCAGACUCCUUCUGCCAAAAGAAGCUUGGGGUUUCUUCCUCAGCCAGCUCCUCUAUCUGUUAAAAAACUGAGAUGUAACCAGGACUACGCAGGCUGGAACAAACCUAGAGUGCCCCUGUCCUCUCACCAACAGCAGCUGCAGGGAUUCUCCAAUUUGGGAAAUACAUGCUAUAUGAAUGCUAUCUUACAAUCUCUGUUUUCACUCCAGUCAUUUGCAAAUGAUUUGCUUAAACAAAGUAUCCCAUGGAAGAAAAUUCCAUUCAAUACACUUAUCAGACGCUUUGCAAACCUGCUUAUUAAGAAAGAUAUUUCUAAUUCAGAAACCAAAAAGGAACUGCUCAAGAAGGUUAAAAAUGCUAUUUCAGCUACUGCAGAGAGAUUCUCCGGCUAUAUGCAAAAUGAUGCUCACGAAUUUUUAAGCCAGUGUUUAGAUCAGCUGAAAGAGGAUAUGGAAAAACUGAAUAAAACUUGGAAGACAGAACCUAUCCUUGGAGAAGAAAAUUCACCAGAUGCUUCGGCCACUAAAGUGUUCACUUGCCCUGUUAUUACAAACUUGGAGUUUGAGGUUCAGCACUCCAUUAUCUGUAAAGCAUGUGGAGAGACUAUUCCCAAAAGAGAACAGUUUAAUGAUCUCUCCAUUGACCUUCCUCGGAGGAAAAAACCUCUCCCUCCUCGUUCAAUUCAAGAUUCUCUUGAUCUUUUCUUUAGGGCAGAAGAACUUGAGUAUUCCUGUGAAAAGUGUGGUGGAAAGUGUGCUCUUGUCCGACACAAAUUUAACAGGCUACCCAGGGUCCUCAUUCUUCAUUUGAAACGGUACAGCUUCAAUGUGGCUCUCUCACUUAACAACAAAAUAGGACAACAAGUGGUCAUUCCAAGAUACUUGACCCUGUCAUCUCAUUGCACUGAAAAUACAAAACCACCUUUUACUCUUGGAUGGAGUGCACAUAUGGCAAUUUCUAGACCAUUGAAAGCCUCUCAAAUGGUGAAUUCCUGCAUCACCAGCCCUUCUACACCUUCAAAGAAAUUCACCUUCAAAUCCAAAAGCUCCUUUACUUCAUGCCUUGAUUCUGACAGUGAGGAUGAACUAAAACGCUCUGUGGCCCUCGGCCAGAGGCUUUGUGAUGUGUCAGGCAAUGAGCAGCAGCCGGAAGAUGUGGAAAAAGAUUCAAAAUUAUGCAGAUUAGAGCCCGGGAAGUCCGAAUUAGAGAGCUCAGGAUUUGACAGAAUGAGUGAGGAAGAGGUGCUGGCAGCUGUGUUAGAGAUAAGUAGGAGAGAAGCUUCACCUGUGCUCAGCCAUGAAGAUGACGAUAAGCCAACCAGCAGCCCUGACACUGGAUUUGCAGAGGAUGACGUUCAAGAAAUGCCUGAAAAUCCAGAUGCUAUGGAGACUGAGAAACCCAAAACAAUCACUGAGCCAGAUCCUGCUUCUUUUACUGAGAUAACAAAAGACUGUGAUGAGAAUAAAGAAAACAAAACUCCAGAAGGUUCUCAGGGAGAGGUUGAUUGGCUCCAGCAGUAUGACAUGGAGCGUGAAAGAGAAGAGCAGGAGCUUCAGCAAGCACUGGCUCAGAGCCUUCAAGAACAAGAGGCUUGGGAACAGAAGGAAGAUGAUGACCUCAAAAGGGCUACAGAGUUAAGUCUUCAAGAGUUUAACAACUCUUUUCUGGAUUCCCUGGGCUCAGAUGAGGACUCUGGAAAUGAGGAUGUCUUUGAUAUGGAAUACACAGAAGCUGAAGCGGAGGAGCUGAAAAGGAAUGCUGAGACAGGAACUCUUCCUCAUUCCUAUCGGCUCAUCAGUGUUGUGAGUCACAUUGGGAGCACCUCGUCCUCAGGUCAUUACAUAAGUGAUGUGUAUGACAUUAAGAAACAGGCAUGGUUCACAUACAAUGAUCUGGAAGUCUCUAAAAUCCAAGAGGCUACUGUGCAGAGUGACCGAGAUCGGAGCGGCUACAUCUUCUUCUACAUGCACAAGGAAAUCUUUGAUGAGUUGAUGGAGACAGAAAAAAACUCUCAGGCACCUAGCAUGGAAGUGGGGAAAGCUACCCGUCAGGCCUCAUGAAGAACAAACUACUGGGCUGGCGACAUGAACUGCGUUUCUCUCACUGCCACGCACCUCACCUUUCCUCUGCCUGGAGAGAAUUUGGAAUUCUACUUGAUACAGGAGCAACAGACAGCUCAGGGCCAAACCAAACGACAAAUUUCAGUCAUGUGCAACGCUCCAUGCUGUUUUAUGGAAACCUUGGUCUCAUCUAUAGCUGAUUAUCCUUUUUCUCCUACAAGAGUGACUCUUUCUUUUAUCUUAGGAAUACAUGUUGUAAAUAUAUAUAUGUACAUACCCACAAACAUAUAUGGAAUGAACGGAGCCUUAAAGAGCUAGGAUAAGCCACCAGAAGUAGUAUGCCUGCUCACAAUGAAUGCCACAGCUGUUUGGAGGAGAAAUCAGAGUGUCCGUGCACAUUCCUCUAAGGAAGGUGUGAAGAUGCACAUAUCGUUUGGCUUUUAACUUUUGCUUUUUGGGUGGCUUCACUCAAGUCUAACCUUUCAUGUGUUUCUUAUGAGUAAAGUUCACUGGAAAGCCAGUUACACUAAUAAUAGUUUAUUUUCCUUAUAAGAGGCAUUUCUGUAGCCUGAUUUAAGUUUUACUUUUCUUUUGAUUUUAUGACUCAUGCUGCUUAUAUGCAGUUCCCGACCCCCCCCCCAAAAAAAAAAGGAUUGUUGGUGCUUAGAACCUUACAGUACCAUACUUGUUAUUUAUUAUACACUUGGCAUUUUCUCUCAGAGAUGCCUCCACAUAGUGUGUUCACAUACUCCUUUCAUAUUGUUGUGGUGGUAAAACCAGAAGCUUAUUUUCUUCUGGAGCAUUUGCCCAUGGAGCAGGCAUACCCCCAAUGGAUUGAAACUUCAGUUAUGAAAGGUUCAGAGACAGUAUUGCUUCAACUGGGACUCCCUUGACAGGGAUGCUUAAGGCAGGGAAGAAUGCUAGUCUCUUUGUCUCCCAGGCAGAGAAAGACAAAAGGCACGCUGCUUUUUAUAGUGCAAACUGGACCACUAAAGCUAAAUAAGCACUGUUGCAAGUAGUAGGGUGAGAAUUGGGAGGAUCGUUGUGGGUAAUUCCAGGAGCUAUCAAAGGUGCACAGUACAUCUCUUAACUUUACAGGUGCUCUGAGUUAAGACCAAGUGAGGAUACAGUGGCAAGUGCUACGUAAGUCACUUAGCCAACAUUACCUGCCUGGUUAAGCAGCUAAGGAAACCAUAAAAAGAAUGAGCCUGAGAGAAUUGUCAGCCCAAGGGUUAUUAGGAUUGCACAGACUAGCAAAAUGAAGCCUGCAUUCGUUUCCUUCCCUUUUCCUUUUAUUAUUAAUGGGAAGGUUACUCUGCAUUCUGAGAUAUGUAUGAAACCAUAUCAGAUUUUCUGGGGAUGUUAAAACCCAUCACUUUUCUGCAACAUCUUUUCUGGAAGAUUGUAUUCAGAGAGCUCCAGCCAGUCUCUUGGAAUCUGGGUGCAUUCUUACAUAAUCACUUAUAAAGGUCUGAAUCAUUGAGGUGUAAUGGCCUCAGUGCUUCUGUUUAACUACUGAUGAGCACUUUGACUCCUGCCUUCUCUUGCACUCAUUGUAAUGAAUGCUCCAAAGUGACACAGGUAGAUAGAUAGCUGUGUGCUUGGAAGUGACUAGUAUCUCAAAUGAAGCAGUGAGUGUGUGCUUUAGCACGGUGUCUCCCACCUCUGCCCUGGAGAACUUUAGCUGUUGAAAUGAUGAGGCUUAGUGUGAGCUGGAGGAAACUAGAAAUCACCCCUGAACUGAGGCCUAUGUACGUCGUGGUAUAGAAGUACACUUGGCACAAAACCAGGUUGGUUUGACCUUCAUGUCUUGGGCAGGACUUGAUAGUUGAAAAUAGUUUACUACUUACAACUUCAGGACUUGAAUUUUACAUCUGUCCAUGCUAUGACCUUGUCAGCCUUCCCCUUCUCCCUUCAUUCCUUUAAUUUGACUGCAAAUGGCAACGUGACCUAGACUAUAUUGAUAGGGGUAUUGGUUGUUCUAAGCUAGUUGUGUAUUUUUUUAAAUUAUGAGUAAAUAAUAUAUUUCUUUUUUUAACACUGAUCCCAGAAUUGGGAGGUAGGGGGGUAGAGCAGUUAACAUGCUGGGCUGGGAAGGGACAGGUGAUUGGAAGUGUCAGUCCCCUUCGGUCUGCAUAAUGACCUUCUGUGUACAAUGUCGAGUGUGUGCUUACAUUACUUUAAAUGACUGACCUGUAAUUUCAUAGCAAUUAGUACUCUAUGCAAUAUUUUUUGAUCUUAGCCAAAACUUUUUGGAUAAGAAAAUAAACUUUUUUUUUUUUGCCCCUGUAUUAUGCAGUUUAAAAGCUGUGUGUAUUUUUUUUGUUUUGUUUUGUUUUUUUGUUGUUGUUGUUGUUUUUACUAGCCAAGACUAUCAUUUAGGCCUGUAGGGAGACCAAACUCUUGUUUUGUAGGGGUAGAUGUGUAUACACACACUCAAGUUAUGGCCCAGCAGGAAGAAUAAGUAAAUCCAUGAAUUGUUCUGUUUCUAUUCUGAUUUCAAAAUGGUUGCUUACUUUCUAUGUUUGGGCUUAACCUAAACAGCUCAGUAGCAGACACAGCAGGUGUAGAUGUAUUUAUGUUUUAACAUGUAGUACUUGCAGGUCAGUUAACUCGGUGCAAAUAUUAAACUACACAUUUUUCUAUCUUUCUCCUUGAUAUAUAAAACUCCAAGGAAAAGGCUCUAAUAGUGAGAACCUCAGCAAAGUAACUCUGAAUUUUUCUUCCAUACUGCAGUUGCUGUGAUGUGACCACACAAGUACCUGUGCAGAUCUCUUUAACUAGAUCUCAGUCCUUGUGAAUCUUGUAUGUAUAGGGACACUUAGAAAAUCCAGCAAACGGCUCAAUACCACAUUGCAGGUUCUGUAAGUGUCCCAGUAAAACAGCUGUGUCCACCCCUCUGCCUGUGUUGCAGUACUGUCUCCUUGGAAAUGUGUACAAACCCAGACAUCUUACCUCUCCCAUCAUUUUAAUCCAUCACUUAAAGUCCUAUCUAUACUGUCUUGCCACCUGGAAAAAUACAUAUUUUAUUGGAAAACUACAGUUUCUUGGCCAUGGGAGUUUUGUAACAGGACUAUUCUCUCUAUCACCAAAGUAGACUUUGUGUUUUGCUUUGGUUACUAGAUUGAGGCGGUCUCUCAUUUCUACAUGAUUAGUAAAUUGUUUCCUUUCCAUCUGUGCUAUAUAUCUAAGGUUUGGAGGUUUUAAUUGUAGGUGUGCCUGUAUGAAUAAACGUUUUAGUGACAAUGGACUUAGACGUUACAGACAGUUCCUCAGGCCUAAGAGAGGGUGGAUGAGCAUCUGGGCCAGGAUCCAGGUGUUUUAAGCCAGAUGCAAGAACAAAGAAGGGUGGUCGUCUGAACCAGUCUGUUGGAAGAGGAGUGGGCAAGAGGGAGACCGCCAUGGGUGUGUGCACUGUCUCCUAGCUUUCUGUCCUUUUGGCAUCUCCUCACCCUUCCCUGGCCCUCGGUGGGGUUCUUCGUGCCUGGGGGAAGGAACAGAAGUGAGGUUCCUGCACUUGGUGUUUGAGCCGAUCCCAGGUGUGCUGGCAGCUUUGGCCACAUAAUGUGAGGUGGCUUCUUUGUGUUCAGAAUGACUUCUGGUUCUGAUUAUUGAUGUGUAUGUGGAACGGCACUUUAUCUGUGUUUUAGCAGAACUGUUCCUGUGUCCUUUGUUUUUCCUUGUUUUUGUUUCAUUUUUAAAUUAUGCAGAGUUUUGUUUGUUUGGGGGGUUGUUUGUUAUUUUAGUGAGUGUGUGAGAGACAUUAAAGCCUUUAUUAACCUUA